ACGGUUAUUUACAUUUCGUUAAGAAUUGUUGUGUCGACAAUUUGAAUGAAGAUUACUCUUGUUUUUAUGGAAACAAAAAAAUUUUAUAAAAAAUGAUUUCAGUGUGUGAUACUCUGAGAAUCCUUCAUUUGCCUCCGCAACUUUCUGAUGACCGGCGCGAUGCAUUAUUACAGAGAUAUGGUGCGACCAAGACCAAAACGAUACGACCAUCCAGCAAGUACACAAUCACUUUUGCCAAAUUCCUGUCCCAACAAUUUGCAGCAGAAGCAUUGCUGCGUCUGCAUCAGUUAAAUGUCAGAGGACAAUAUCUAUCGGUUGAAUAUGCUAAGAAAUCUAUACCCACUGAACUUUCGGAGCAAGGCAUUCAACAUAAAAUAUCAGUGAACAGUGAUAUGAAAAUGGAAACUGUUAGUAAGUCUGAUGUUCAAGCAUUCCUACGGAAAUUAAACAAUUGGACAAUGAAUUAUGAAUUUAGUCAACCACCUCCACCAAAUAUAAGAUAUAAAUAUAUGACACCGACAAAAAGUACAGUGGCAAGGAUAGCUAUACAAUUGUUAACUCAGCCAGCUUUUUAUACACAGGUAUUACACUUGAUGAAUAAGAUGAAUCUACCUCCUCCUUUUGAAGAAUUGGAAAUGGAAUUUCCUAUGCUUAGGGAAGUGUAUAAUAUGGAGAAAUACAAAGAUAUAUUCCCUGAGCGAGUGAAUGAAGAGGGAUCAGAGGAAGAAGAGUCCGAAUUAGAAUCAGAUGGAGAAGGUAAUACUCGACCUCUGGAAGUAAUCCCUGUUAAAAGAAAAAGGCCACAAUCUACAAAACGUAUAAAAAUUCCAAAGUUUGUGAACCCUGCUAAACAUAUUGUGAUACCUUCAUCAACGCAAAAAGUGCUCAAGCCAGAAGAUAUGUUCGAAUCUAUUCAACGCGGAGAAACUAAAAAUCUCAAGAUUGAGUUAAAAACUCUCGACAAAUCAUUGGAAACAACAUAUGGUAAUCGAGACAGUACUGUAACCAUAGAUGGUGGAUUUGGUUUAAUAUUCCCAGCUAAUAAAACUAUUGAAGAUGCAAAAAACAGUGAAGAGAAUGCAGAAAUGCCAAAAAAUAAAUUUAUAACUUCAGAGGAAUUGGCGACUAAUAAGAUCUCUGCUAACGAUCAGAGAUUGCUUCCAGUGUUCAAAAAUUAUCACCCGGGCAAACCCUCCAAUCGCCUCUACAUAAAAAAUCUUACAAAGCAAGUCGAAAUGAAGGAUCUACAUUAUAUUUAUGAAAGAUAUGUUAUUGCAGGAUUAAAAGAUGCCGAAAAUAAAUAUGAUGUACGUCUUAUGCAAGAAGGCAGAAUGAAAGGACAAGCGUUUAUCACUUUACAAAAUACUGUACAGGCAAAAAUGGCUCUCGAAGAAACGAAUGGAUAUAUAUUAAAAGAUAAACCUAUGGUUGUGCAAUUUGCCAAAACUAGUAAAAGUUAAUAUAUACUUCUUUAAUCUAAUCUUAACUUAUUUCAUAUCGUAAUUAAAAUGUUAAUUUAAAGAUUUUGCUUAGAAAACAAAUUGUAAUAAACAUUACAAAUGCCCUUGCAUCAGACUUAAAGUA